ACUCUCGUUAAUGCUGCACUGUGUGCUGUGCUGUCUGUUUAUUGAAUUUCGCCUUGCUUGGCCGUCGUCAGCAUCUCGUGACUGACUAUCACGACACAUUUUUCUAUUACUGAUGCUACCAUCGUUUGUUUUCUUCUUUUCGAAUGGAGCGAGUGAAAUUGUGCAUGUUCAGCUUGUUCUUUUAGCCCGGUGUUUUUAGUUUUCAACGUAGUAGCCGUCAAGACGACGUUCGUUUGUUAUUGACAUUUACACACUCUCUGGCUAAUGCUAUAUAGGUUAGGUAAUCUGUGGCUGUUAUCAGGAAAUGGAUCGUUCUUCAGUAGAACCUAUUCCUUCACAGCCUUCUUCACCAAACCCCUACACGUCCACACCAAACAAGUUCAAGAAUGCUUCGUCUACAGAAAGUGCCCAGGUGCCGCAGUCUGUUAUAGAUCCAGUUCUUUGCAAUGAGACUCAACAACUUGACUGGCAGGGAUCGGGAAAUGGAGAUUCAGCACCUUCUAGCAGUCCUGGAACGGCCCCUGCAUCUGGGUAUAUUGUUGCCAGAAAGGAAUCUUACAAACUACAGAGGAAGAAUUACAGGUUCGAAAAGAAAAAGGCUGCCAACGAGUUGCUGUGUUCCUUCAAAGACCCAGCUGUUGUUGUUCUAGCAGAUUGGCUCAAAGUGAGAGGAAUGCUUAAGAGCUGGACAAAGCUAUGGUGCAUUCUGAAACCAGGUGUCAUCUUGCUGUACAAGAGUGACAAAGCAAAGGAUUGGGUUGGCACUAUACUGUUGAGUAUGUGCAAAUUAAUUGAACGUCCUUCGAAAAAAGAUGGUUUCUGUUUCAAAUUAUAUCACCCCUUGGACCAAUCGAUAUGGGCGCCUAAAGGCCCCUUGGGAGAAACAAUUCCCGCGCCAAUUCAGCCGCUCCCCACUUCUCACUUGAUUUUCCGCGUGUCCUCUCAAGGAGCAGGCAAAUGUUGGAUGGAUGCCCUGGAAUUAGCCUUGAAGUGCUCUUCUUUGCUUAUCCGUUCCAUGAGCACUCGAAGCACCAAUUUGGCAGAAGGUCUUGUCUCGGACCUUACGUCUGGGCAGCCAAGUUGUGGUGCGCCAGCUUCUCAGAGCGGCGAAAUUCACUGGAACGAUUCGGAUUUCGAAAAACAUUUCAAGGAUCAAGCGCUAGAACCAGUACUUGAUUCCCUAAGAGUACCAUUGGUUUCCAUAAUUUCACCUUCUUUCUCCUCGAACGACUCAACUCCUAUGAGUGCCCAGUCCACCUGCUCGAGUUUGAACAAUUCACCGCAAUUGCAAAAAAUUCGUUAUUUUGCUCGGUUUCCACACGAUUCGUCGAGGAAAUUGUUAGAACCACAGGAUUGUGAUUUCGACGAUACUAGUCAUACGGAUGAAAAUGAUGUGACGGAAGCCGAGCGCCGGUCCGGCUCCGUAGUAGAUGUUGCCGAUUUCGCCACGAUGGGGCCACGUCUUCCUCGAACACGCCACGAUUCGCAUCAUUCUGAUUCGGAAUCUGAGGAAGAUGAGUUGAGAUCGCUCGAUGAAUCGCCUAUCGAGACGACGUACGUUGUCCAACAGGAAGAAGAAUUUGGCUCGACUGGAGAGUUGACGGAAGAAUUGGCGGAUGAUAACAAGAGCUUAAUUUGGUUCCUUGUCAAACAAGUGCGUCCAGGAAUGGAUUUGUCAAAGGUAGUCUUGCCUACGUUCAUCCUGGAACCGCGCUCUUUUCUUGAUAAAUUAUCUGAUUAUUAUUAUCACGCGGAUAUCUUGUCCAGGGCGGUUUUAGAAGACGAUCCUUUCACGCGAAUGAAGACAGUGGUUCAGUGGUAUCUGUCUGGUUUCUAUAAAAAACCAAAGGGACUUAAGAAACCAUAUAAUCCUAUUCUGGGAGAAGUUUUUCGUUGUUGUUGGAAACAUCCAAACGGAUCCACUACUUUCUAUAUCGCCGAACAAGUGUCCCAUCAUCCUCCCAUAUCGGCUCUUUACGUCACUAAUCGUAAAGAUGGUUUCACCCUGUCAGCUACCAUUCUGGCAAAAUCAAAGUUUUACGGAAACUCAUUGUCUGCUCUGCUGGAUGGAUCGGCACGUCUGACUUUGUUGCCGCGUGGUGAAGAUUACAUCAUCACUAUGCCUUAUGCUCAUUGUAAGGGAAUCCUUCUUGGGACGCUCACCAUGGAAAUGGGCGGCGAAGUCUGUCUCAAAUGUGAAAAGACGGGCUACCGCGCGGAUCUAGAGUUUAAGCUCAAACCGAUGAUUGGCGGUGCGGAUUUUAUGAACUACGUGACGGGCAAACUUCGAUUGGGCAAAGAAACGCUGGCCAUUAUUUCAGGCUAUUGGGAUGACUGCAUUACGAUCGAAGACAAGCGAACGGGCGAGAAACAGACACUGUGGAAUCCAACGUCAGAAGUCAGAGCUGCGAGGCUCAAGCGUUGGACUGUUGCAGCUGAAGAACAGCUUGAGUAUGAAUCGGAUAAAUUGUGGAGCAAAGUCGCAGCCGCCAUUCGCCAAGAAAAUCAGGAAUUGGCUACGAGCGAGAAAACCAUUUUGGAAGAGGAGCAAAGGAAGGCCACCAAAUUGCGAAUAUCCCAAAAUGAAACGUGGAUCCCUCGCUGCUUUGAAUUGGAUCCCGUGACGGAUUCCUGGCAUUACCGACAUGCCGACGUCCGCCCGUGGGAUCAGCGCAAUGACGUUGUCCAGUACGAAAGUAACUUUGUUAUUGCCACCAAAACUCGGCAUCGAACGCCAAUGAUUCGUGAAGCCAGCAUAGUCAGUGUCGAAAGGCAAUCAGAAUCUAUUAGGCAACAGUUGGUCUUGUCGCCAAACGGGGCCGAAUUUCGGAAACCAUUGAAUGAGUCUAAUGCCAAUGGAACAAGUGCCAUACGGCGAAGGAAUGUUGACGGAAGCAUCAGUUCUUCAGCCGAAGGUGAUCAGAUACAUAGCUCUGAAGAAGACAGUCGAUUGAUGGGUGAUAAGCGCCAGUUGAGGAGUGGACCCACCAGCUGGAAUCAUGUACUGCAGUACCUGGAAGAAUCGCAUCGUGAAACGCAGGACAAAUUGAAUCGGAUUCAAAACAGCAUUCAGUCAAUGGUGUUGCAACAGCAUCAGGUGAUGGGUCCAAAGAGGAUGGCGCGUGGAUCGGCAUCCCGUGACCUUUACCUGGUCGUUCUAGUGCUGGCCCUGUGCCAGGUGGUUCUUUGGUUGUAUUGGAAGAAAUGAUCGUCGAUUAAUUUUCGAAAAGUUUAUUUGAUUUUAAAGUUAAAAAAGAUUUGUUCGCAACGCCAAAAACCUCACAGUCUAUUAAGAAAUCUCUGCGUGCUGAGGCAAGAGGAAAGAAUGAGUCUUGCUUUUUACAUGAAACAAAAAUGAGGUAAUAUGGUGAAGUAACGAGAGCUAGUCGAUCCGUUUCCCCUCUUGCCCACUCUACCCAAAUGCGUACUCAACACCAGUCUUUUUUUCCCCCAUUUCUUUAUUUAAAAGUGAUGUGAACUAUUGGAGCAAAAGCAUUCCUUCCAUGUUCUAUUUAUCCAGAUAUUUAUGAGACAUUUAUUUAGUAUGACCUCAUGGCAAGGGACUGUAUUUGUGAUGCAACAGGGAUUUUAGGGCGGAAACAAAACAGGAACUUGCAGCCGAAAACGAUAAGUAGAGAGAUCAAGUGCCAUGACAUUUGAUUAUAUUAUGUGCUGUCUUGACAUUCCUCCUCUUCCAUUGAUAUCUUUCGACUUUUUCUCCCUUGCUUAUUGCCACAUUUCCUUAACUUUGCUUCGAUUUUCCUAUCAUCUUCAAGUCGUCAAUACUUUUCUCCUAUUUCUCUCCCUUUCGUCUUCUCAUCCAUCUGUGCCGAGUUUUCACCCAUUCGCCUGUGUCAAUGCGAAAUUGUCCAUUUACCAAUGAUAUAUUGUGUUACACCUUACAUGGCAAGAUCUGUGAAACUGUAUCUUUUUUCGAUUAUAAAGCGAUAUCCUCUCAAUACACGUACACGUGUUCCCUCUGAA